GUAGAGUUCACCAUCAAAAUGGCAGCCAUGUCGAGAGGAAUUUGUGCGUUUCUUGCCGUAGUUUUGUUGCUUGUUUGCCUCUACGAGCCCUUAACUGUCUUGGCUCAUUCCAUCAACGAACAACUGUACUUUGAGAUUUUGUACCCCCAGGACAUCAACUACCUUUUCAAGAUCAGGCCAGCAAAGGACUUUGGAGCACCAUUUGACUUUCACUAUGAUCACAUCCACUUAGUGCCGACAGAUCCUGCCCAGUCUUGCUCCUCACUAAACAACGGACAAUCUCUACAAGGAGCUAUAGCCAUGGUAGAGAGAGGCGGAUGCUCGUUCAUGUCCAAAGCCCUGAUGGUGGAGCAGUACGGAGCAGUUGCCGUGGUGAUCUAUGACAGUAAUCAGCAGGACAACGAGCACUGGGUGGACAUGAUCCAGGACGAGACGGAGAGGGACACCGGCAUCGCAGCAGCCUUCCUGCUGGGGAAGGACGGGUCCAUGAUCAAGAAGUCCCUGCAGGCCCACCAUCUCCCAGCAGCCACCAUCAGCAUCCCUGUCAACAUCACCUCCGUCCCGCUCAACGGAUUCAAACAGCCUCCGUGGAGCUUCUGGUGACAGACCCUGUUCUUCACUUCCCCUGGGUGCUGCUCAAGGGCUUUAAAUUAUAAGUUAUGAUGAGAGAGUCAGACAGUUAGACUUUAGGCCAGUGGGGAUGGAAUACUGGUAUGUCCACUGGAACAGUCAGAAGGAAGUAAAUCAGGGAGAAAAUGAGAAAGUCGCCUGGCCAUUGCUGUGUUUAUCUGAUGCUACAUACAUGUACUUGACCAUUUUGGAAGAUUAAAAUGGGAUUAAGAUAGGUCUACCCCACUGAUCUACAUUUCUUUCCAGCAACUUCUGUGACUGUUAUCUCAGUUAAUCCCUGUAUUAUGUGUACUUAAAUUUUUUAUCAACAUUUUCUCCAUUUGUCCUGGUCAUCUGGCAGUAACAAAUACAAAAGAAUUAGAUUGAACUUUGAGAAUCUCACAUAUCAGCAUGUUGCACAUAUAAUUACUUAGAAGUAUUAAAGUAGAAAUGCUUUUUUAAUUCUCUUUCUAUUGAUUGACAUUGUUUUCCAAGUCUACUGUAAUUCCUAAGUUUCCUAAGCCCAAGAAACAAGUAGAUCUGAUAUGCCAUCUGGGAAAGAAAAACAGCUAAGAAAAAGUUCUGAUGAGGAACUAGUAUAAUUUGUAAGGAAAAAGGUUGGAUGAUCACGUGUUAGUUUUUUUACCCAAUCACGUUGCCAUGUUUUUUCUAGAUUAUCACAUUUUUGAGAAGAAAAUGUCUUUAGCUAUAUUCUCUUAGCAAAAAUUUGUUCUAAAACUACAUGCACCAGCUGCUCUGAUUGAAACAGCAAAAAAGAUCACUAGACUUUGUAAUACCACAAUAGUAAUUGGUCCUCUUAGAAUGGUACUUUGCCUUUAUAUAUGAUACAUUGUAAAUGUAUUUAGGAAAGCGUGCAAUACAGAUAUGUACUUUGAACAGCUUGAAAUUUUCAGUUAAUUUGUAAGAUGUGGUGGGAGAGAAUACAUUG